AUAACUUUAAGAUUCCCAUCAUGUCCCCCGGAUAACUAAAUAAGUAUAAUUUUUUACACUUUUCAUAACUUUGUGCAGAACGUGUAUAAUUUACACGCGACCUUUCACGGCAAUAACAAUACAUAUACAGCUAAUCUUUUUUGACAGAAGCGUACAGAAGAUAAAAAUGUUAUUUGUUAAUAAUUUUUUUGUAAAUAUUUGUUAAAUGAGCAAUUGUAGAAUGUGAUCAAAAUGGGUGGUUGCAUAGGAAUAACUAGAAGUGGUAGCGGACCCAUAGAAGAGUCUUCAGCUACCGUGUCUCGGCCUAAUUCAGGUGGCCUGAGGAAGAAUCAGUCGUUGUGCCACGAGACCAUAAGAUGGAAAUCAGAUGUGCCAUUGACAGAAGGACAGUUACGUAGCAAAAGGGAUGAGUUUUGGGACACAGCGCCGGCGUUUGAAGGACGUAAGGAGAUCUGGGAUGCGUUGCGGGCGGCCGCCGUCGCUGCUGAAGCGAUGGACUUCCAGCUAGCCCAGGCGAUACUGGACGGCGCCAGUGUGUCCGUGCCGAACGGCUACCUCACUGAGUGCUAUGACGAAUGGGGAACAAGAUAUCAGGUACCAAUAUACUGCUUAUCACCACCAAUAAACAUGGUGAAGGAAGCAAGUGGUCGGGACUCUCCGGCUGAGUGGUCAGAACCAGUGGAGGGCGGCACGGAGGUGUCGCUGCGCCUGCGCCUGUCCAACACGUGCAAGGACGUGGAUCUAGCAGUGUACUCCCGACACACUGUCGCGCAGUGCAAGAAUAAGUUACAUGCUCAAGAGAACAUCGAACCGUGGCGCCAGCGCUGGUUCUACGGCGGCAAACUCCUGGGAGACAGGCUGCUCAUCGAGGAAGCGAAGAUCACGGCCGGUUACAUCGUCCAGGUCAUUGUCAGCACCGACCCGCAGCCGCCGAGCUAGUCGCCCCAUCUCACACAGUCUUUGUGGUAUCUUUGCAUUUUGUUUAUUCAAUUCUUUCUCUAACUUUGGGGAAAAGGGGGUUUAGGAGCAAGUGCUGUUGAUUUCUGACGCGAAUAUUAGACAUUUAAAUAAAAAUACUUUUACGGAUUUUGUCGCGGUUAUAUUAAUAUUGUUUAAUUCCGACGUUUCGGAUCCUUUACAGCAUCCAGUAAAAGUAGUUUUAUUUAAGCAAGUGCUGUUGUUAAAGGUAACUCCAGUUUGAAGGACAAUAGGAUGCAUUCAAUUGUUUUUCGUCCAAACGUCACCUUUUUCCGUGAAUGGAUGAUAUUCCCAAACAGCACUGGCUAUUGUAACUGGUUUGGACUGAUGAUGCAAUGAUGACUGUUACGAAGGGACCAUUAGUCCCUUCGCAGGGAAUGUUAAGAAGCCUCAUGUUAUUGCACUUUCUUACUUGUAGUUUUAAUGUGUUAUCCCUGUAUUCGAUGUCUAUCUAUUUUUGUUUUAUACGUAAGUUUCGGGCAACACUCUUUUUUUUGAAAACUACACAAGCGAUUCUCGCACCCUCUAUCAUUUCACGAAAGUAAUCUAUUCACAUCGUUUUAACAUGAUUUUAUUGUACAUUCAAGCUCAUAUAUCAUUAUGAUGUGCUAAGUAUCUUAAGAAUUUUUCGCACAAGCAUCUAUCGCGGAAUCUAUACAACAAAAUGUCCCAUGCAGUGAUCUAAAAUUGGAUGGAUAAGUGCAAAAUAUCACAAAGACGCCACAGAGAACCAGAGAAACAUAAUCCACGUAAUAAAUGUUUUGUAAAGUAAUGGACACGUAGGUUUAUGUCCUAAUGAGAUGGCCCCUAACUUAUACAGAAAAAAUCAAUAAUAGUAGCCAGAAAUAAAUACAAUUUAAAACUCGACAAUCGUCGAUCUACUAGUAAAUUCAUAAUAUUUUGCAUCUUUCCAGAUCAACUUAAUAAUUUUAGAAAUAAUAUAAUACUUACUGUAUAUGUUGGGGGCCAUAUAACAAUUUAUCGGUUUAUUUCCAUGCGUUCCAAAAGUACAAACAACAAGAGGACUUGAUCAAUAUUUUGGAGCUCAUGGGAAUAUUUCGUUUUGUAAUAACUCGUGCACUCAAAAAUAGACGUUGUGCCGAGUGGUGAGUGUCCACGUUUGAUUACCUGUACGCUUUCUAUGGGUGUCGCCUUGUAUCAUACAUUCUACUCGAUCGGUCGCCCAUACAACAUGAACCAAUUAAUAUAGAAAACAUUGGUUUUAAAAAUAUAUAUACAGGUUAUAUAAGUAUUUGGUGUUGAAAAUACAUAUAUCUCGGGUACAUGUUCUAUGGACGAUCUCAUACUUAUAAUUUGUACUAGAUUCGUAUAAAAUUGUUUAUAUUUAUAUAAAAUGCCCCAAUUGUAGUGAUUAAUAUAUAAUAUGUAUAUUGCAGUGAGAACGAUACUCUAAGGCUGUACGAUGGUUAUUACGAUACACACAUACAUGAGGAAAUUUUAUCGUAGUAUGUAUGUAUAUGUAUCGAGGAAAAUAUUAUAGUAAAUAUAUAUUAUAUCGUCUGGAAUUAAUGUAUGCGAUAAAAUAGUUUUACCAUUUAAUUAGAAUAAAAACAAAUUAAGAAACUUUAUGUUAAUAUCCAAACUGAAGUUAGCGUUGUAUUUAAUAGAAUUCAUACCCGACAAUAACACGGCUCAGAUGCUUUGAGCGAGCACGGCAUCUCGUAACAUUAUUCAAUAAAUUAUUGCAUACUUGUUAAGGCCUCAUCUCACUGUUAUUUACUUAUAAUCGCGUUGCGUUGCUCGCAAACAAUAUCCUUUAAAUUAAACCUCUUCUAAUGCUCGUGCAAUGCCUGUGGGAUGUCACCUUAACACUACAAUCGACUAUUAUUUAUAAAAUUACCUAUUUAUAUUAAAUGACUGCAAGAAUAUUAUUUAAUAAGGAGCUUAUAUACCUGAUUUUUUCUAAUGUUUGUUCGGUGUAUAUUUAAUGUUGAUUGGCUGACCGUGUGCCAUGCUUUUGAUGAGAACCAAUUUUGAAUAUCGCUUAAGAAAGGUCCAAACAAUGCUAUACAUACUUUAUCGUGCACUAUAUAACAUAGUUUUACAAAAUUAAUAUCUUUACUUGUCCUUUUUUCCUAGGCUUGUAUACAGACUUGUCGUAACACAAGUUAUCAAUAUUUUGUAAGGAGGCAUAAAAUGUAAUACAUUUGAACACAAGUAUUAUUCUGCCAUUACGUAAAUACUGCGACUGCCAUCUAUUGUGAUGUUGAGUUUCUAAACACACUGAAUUAGCAUUAUUAUAAUAAAUAAUAUUGUUUAUUUUGAAUAUUUUAAUCGAACGCUAGAUGUUAAUUUUGCAUUGUAAACUCAAUUUGGUGUUAUAUAUUUAAAUUGCUUGAGCAACUAACGAGGCUGCCUCGCGAGGCAAUAGAAUUAAAAUGUCUCUUAUUUAACAAGGCACAAAGGUAAGGCUCAACAAACAAGAUGUAUUAUUAUUCGCCUAUAUAUGCCUCGCGUUAUUGCCUCACAUAUCACAGGCUGCCUCAAUUCGUUGCUGUUUGAAAUACGUGGCAAUGUUAUGUCAAAACUGCGUAAAUGUUAGAUUCGCACAAGAGUUAAUGGAAGCAAAAUUUAUGAUGUUGUUAGUGAUUUGUGAAAUGUAUUCUUAUAAAAGAAAUUAUUAAGAUAAGUUUCGGUUUAAAUUAUAUUUUGUUACGAUUGUGUAAGUUUACGGGACGCGUAGGUAAACAAAUGAAUCUUUGAUGUUAACUUAUCCUACUCCAAUAUGUUUUACUAUAUCAUCUGGAAUGUAUUACGAUUAUUUUCACAUAAAUAUCGAAUUAAUCUCGAUUGCUUAUUCAUAAAAUAAUCGUUCUACAAUCCAGAACAAUAUAUUAUUUAGUUAUAAAAUUAAAUUAGUUCUUUUCUAUAAUAAAUGGCCUUAAAUGAUACUCAAUUUGACUCAGAGUGAAGUAAGACAAAAAUAUACAAAAUGCGUACUUACUGUGGUAUUCAGAAAAUUAUGUUUGACUUUAAGCUAAGAAGUUUUUUAUAUCGAUUUCUCUUACAUUCACUAUUGCGUUUAAGCAAGUUAUCUGUCUCACUUGUUUUGUUCUCAUCGUGAUGAGAACGAUCUAUUGGUUUCUCUUUAGUUAAAUAAUCGCAAAUCGUGCGUAGCUGUAAACCAGGCUUAUUUGUAUUAUCACCUUUGUUUGAACAUUGGCCUAAAGCCUCACUGCAGACAAUAUUCUCUCACAUAUCGGACUCAACAGAUAUUAUGAUAACCUUAUUAUUGUAUCUAUCGAUAAAUUGUACCGCACUAUUGUCGAUAAAUUGGGACUAUCGAUGUUGUAAUAUACCAAUGUUGUUUUAGAUCCAGUAGUGAUAAUGAGUAGCCUCAGCAGCAUUUAUUUAUAAUUCGGAAUAUGUCUUGAUUAUAGUUUUUUUUUUAUCGAAAUUAUAGAUAUGGCGAUAUAGGUUAUAGAGAUAUUGAAAUAAAAUGUUUGCAAUUACGAUUUAAAUAUACUUAGCGUUAAUUGAAAAUAUCAUACAGAUGGAAUAUACUAAUUAAAACUU